GUUAUCUUGAUGUACAAACCCAAGUGGAAAUGAAGCACUUGUUUUUGCUGUGAGAGGGGUAGCCAGAUCUAUACCCACACUUCUGGACCUGUCAUCUCUUAGAUAGUAAUGAUAAAGGCCAAAGAUAAGCCCGAGGAGAGUGGUGCAAAACCUAAGCAUGUGCUUAGUAACAGAGGAACUCAGACUGAAAGCAAGAAGUCUCUGGAAGAGACAGAAAGCAGGAAAAGGCUGGAUGAAAACAAGGGAGCAUGUGAGGAGGUGAAUGCUUCGAGUGCUGUAGCUCGCAAAGCUGACUCCAAACCCCAAGAUAAAGAGAGGACAGUGCAGCAACAAGUAGUAGAAGGUGCUGGCAAAACACACAGCUCUGAGAACUGUCAACAACAAAAGGACACCGGUGUCAAAGCUUUGGAUCAACACAACGGUCUUCCCUCUGUAAAUCAAGAUUGUGUAGGCAACCAAAAUGUUCCUGCUGAAGCGCACGAUAUGGACAGAGCCCCACACCUAGAGGACUGCCACAGGCAGCUUGUUCAUCAGAAACUUGGGGAGAAUCAAAACAAACCUCAAUUGUUAAGUGUGGCAUCCCAGGAAGCUGUGCCCUCCACAUCUCAGGCUGUAUCUGACACAGGGUGUGAAGUGACACAUACCAGAAUAUCCAUCAAUGUACAUAUGACUGAAAAGAAAGGAAGGAUUGGAGUGACCAGGGAAGGAAACUUAAAUGAUAUCAGAGGUAAAAGUCCCAAAGUAAAAUCCUCAUCCUCCACACCAGCAGAAGUAGAAGUUGAACAGCUUCCUGACAAAUUAGAAGUUCAACAGAGUACAAAAAACACUGAGCCAAAUCAAGAAGUUGAAGGGGACAGUAAACAUGAUGAACUUGCACCUCAAACAGGGAAGCAGCAGCUGUUACUGAACAAACUCCAAUCAGCUAAAAAGGAUGAAGAGCAACCAGAAAUAAAAUGCAAGCCCACAACCUUGAAGAAUACCUUAGCAAAGGAGCCUAUGAAAAAUGUUGGGGCCAAAGUGAAAAUCCAUACAGAAGCAGAAAAAGCAAAAGAAUCCCUGACAGAUACCAGCUCUGAGAGGAGAGAAUCUGAAUCUGCAUCUCCUGGGAGAAGGGAAAAUUACGUUCACCAGUGUACAGGAGUGGCACCAGAGGAGCCAAAGUCAUUGGGAGUUGGGGAAGAGCUUCCCACACAGGAUGAGAUAAUAAUUGAUGACAGCCCUUCUCCUCCAGCUCCUUUUGAGCAUCGCAUAGUGAGUGUCAAGCAAACAGAGGUGACUACAUGCUACUCAGUGUGCCAUCAUGAGGUACUGGGGGGGGGGCGUUUUGGGCAAGUCCACAAGUGCACGGAAAUAUCAACUGGUCUCAACCUGGCAGCCAAGAUCAUCAAAGUAAAAGGAGCAAAAGAAAGGGAGGAAGUAAAAAAUGAAAUUAAUGUCAUGAACCAAUUAAAUCAUGUGAAUCUGAUCCAGCUGUAUGAUGCUUUUGAAGCCAAAAAUAAUAUCACUUUGAUCAUGGAAUAUCUUGAUGGUGGUGAAUUAUUUGACCGGAUCACAGAUGAAAGCUGCACUCUGACUGAGUUGGAUGCAAUCCUGUUUACCAAACAGAUUUGUGAAGGAGUCCAGUACUUGCACCAGCAUUAUAUUCUCCAUUUAGAUUUGAAGCCUGAAAAUAUACUGUGUGUAAAUCGCACAGGGAACCAGAUUAAAAUUAUCGACUUUGGAUUAGCAAGGAGGUACAAACCUCGUGAGAAACUGAAGGUUAACUUUGGAACUCCAGAGUUCUUGGCUCCCGAAGUGGUGAACUAUGACUUUGUUUCCUACCCAACAGACAUGUGGAGUGUAGGCGUCAUCACAUAUAUGUUGCUUAGUGGCUUGUCCCCAUUCCUAGGAGAAACUGAUGCAGAGACAAUGAAUUAUGUAGUCAAUUGCAGCUGGGACUUUGAUGCAGAAGCCUUUGAACAGCUAUCGGAAGAAGCUAAAGAUUUUAUUUCCAGACUACUUGUGAAGGAAAAAAGCUGCCGGAUGAGUGCAACACAGUGUCUGAAGCAUGAGUGGUUAAACAACCUACCUGCCAAGGCCAUGAAGUGCAAGCUUCGCCUCAAGUCCCAGUUGCUGCUGCAGAGGUACAUGGCUCACAGAAAAUGGAAGAAACAUUUUCAUGUGGUGGCUGCUGCUAACAGGCUGAAGAGAUUUCAGAGUGUGCCUGCAAAGCUUGCAUAAGCUUUUAUGAAGCGUUUACCACUCUGAGAUG